AUGACCGACCUGCACCCGCGUCCGGGCGCCGCGCGGCCGGCGGCAGCAGCACGGCCGCCUCGGCCUCCGCCCGCGCCGCUCGUCAUUGCCCGUCGCGCCGCGCCUGCGCCGUCCUCGUCUGCGCAUCGCACCUCUGCGUCGUCGUCGUCCGCACGGCCGGCCGGCAGCAGCACGCAGGCGCGCAAUGCGCUGCCCGAGGAGCGCAGACGCCGCAUCGACGCCGAGGUGCGCGAGCGCGAGGAGCGCAGGCGCGACGAGGCGGCCAGGGCGGCGCGGGCGGCGCAGGCGUCCGCCCGCGCAGCCAGGCCGGCGUCACGGCCCAAGAGCAGCGCCUCGGCGGCCAGUGCGGGGGGUGCGGCCAAGGCCAAGGCGUCGCCGCGCAAGAAGCGCGCCUCGGCAAGCGACAGUCUGAGUCCGGCGCGCGCCGCAAGCUCCUCUUCGCGCAGCACCCCGACGCCGGCCAGCACGAGUGGCUAUCGCAAGCUGGGCCGCACAGGCGUCGAGAGCGAAUACAACGUGCCGCGCGCGCUUGCGGCGCCGGGCCUCGAUGGCAAAGUGGAUGUGGAGAGAGAGGAGGGGACUAUUGAAAGCGUGGCGCUGGGAGAGGGGAAGAGGUAUGGCGCUUUGGGCGCGGCGCUGAUGGCAGGGAGCAAACAGACUUCAAAGAUCUCGGCCCAACCCCCACCGCCACACUCCUCUAUCCCGCCGGCGCAUCCGAAACUCCCGCGCGACAUCGACGAGUACGACCCCCUCGGGGAUCUGCUUCGCGUAGUGCGCGCCGUCGUCUCUGCUUUCCUCCCGAGAGAGUACGCCGUCAAGCACUUUGGCAAUCUCGAAGAGCUCGAGUUUGGAAGCGCGGCGGGCGCGAUUCUCAGUGCGGCGGCGCAGACGUCGACGCCGAUGGGCAACGGCAGUCAGACGCCGAUCUCAUCGACCUCUACCUCGACGCCGACGCCAAGCUCGCCGCGCGGCAGCGUGCCGCAGCUCAACGACAGUAGCCCCUCGAAAGACUCUCCCGCGCCUUCCGCUUCUCAAGACCGCAGCAGCGAGCAAGACUCCAUCCUGCGCUCCUUCACCAAAGCGCGCAAUCGGCGCGACGGGCCUCUCUUCCUGCGCACCCUCGAGCGCUACAACGUGGCCCUGUCCGCCGCGCGACGCGAAGGUGUAGUGGCUCAAGCGGCGCAAGCAAUGGAGCAACGAGGAUUGCCGGACUACGUUUGGGAAACGGUGGGCGAACAAUGCUAUUCGCGCACGGUGGGACCGUACGUGGAGGAGCUGGGCAAGUAUCAGGCAUUCAGUGACAAUGUCUACGGCGAACUGCUUCCUCGCUUCAUGUCCGAAAUCUCGCAGCUCACGUCGCUCGGACCUUCCUCCGUCUUCGUCGACCUCGGCUCCGGCGUCUCCAAUCUCGUGCUGCAAGUGGCGCUGCAGACCGGCGCGCAGAGCUAUGGCGUCGAAAUGAUGGGGCCUGCGUCUGCGCUGGGCGAGCGACAGGUCGAGGAGGCAAAGAGGAGAUGGAAAAUGUGGGGCGUGCUGGGCGGAGAGGCGCAGAGCUGGAAGGGCGACUUUACGGCUUGCGAGAGGACUCGAGAGGCGCUGAGCAAAGCCGACCUUGUGUUGGUCAACAACUACGCAUUCACGGCGCCAACAAACGAGCGUCUCUCUCUGCUCUUUCUCGAUCUCAAAGACGGCGCGCAGAUCGUCAGUCUCAAGCCCUUCGUGCCGCCCGACUUUCGCCUCACGCAACGCACGCUCGACUCGCCCCUUGCGAUUCUGAGCGUGGUGCAGCGCAGCUACGGCAGUGGAUGCGUCAGUUGGGCGGAUGGAGGCGGCAGGUAUUACAUCCACGUGAGUUCGCCGUCGGCCCAUGCCUCUUUGACCCUUCUCAGCCAAAGGGACGCGCCGGACGCUGACACGCUGGACGGGCAGACGGUGGAUCGGAGCAUGGUAUCGCGCUUCCUCGACUCGCAAGGCUCGACGAAGACGUUCGGCGCGAAACGCUGGCAGAAGCGCGCGCGCGUCGCUGACAGCGACGAGGAAGAUGACGAGUGA